AUGUGUUUACUGAAAACAGUUAAUCAGGAGUUAGCGCAAGGUGUGAUGGAAAUCGACUGGCGAGUGCAAGCGAGAACUGCGUGCGACUACUGGUCCCUGGGCGUUGUAGCAUUCGAGCUGGUUACACUCAAAAGACCCUUUUCUUCAGGUGAAGAAGAUUCUAUAGCAGAAAUACUUGCCAAUAUACAAAAGUAUGAACGUGAUCCAGAGGCAGAACCCCCGUUCGAUCCAUCCCCCAAUGGUCCGUCGAAGGAAUGGCGAUCGUUGGUGGCAGGCUUACUACGAGUGAUCCCCGCACGUCGUUAUACAUACCUGGACAUGUUGCAACAUGCCGCUCUUGCUCACACUGCCGUGCAUUCUAUACGAGAACAGGGAAUAAGAGCAUUAUGGUGUCACGAAAAAUUCACUAAUCUAAUAGAAUCAUAUCUUUCUGCUAGAAUUCAAAAAGUAGUAAUUAAUGAAGCGAAAUCUGCAGGGGCACCAGUUACUAUGGGCGUACCUCAGGGAUCGGCGCCGCCGUGGGUGCCUCGGUUGCGCGGUGCGGAGGACGCGUCAUACUUCAGCGUGGAGCCGCGGCCGCCGCAGUCUCCGUCCGCCGCGCCGUUCCGCUCCAGGCCGCCCUUCGCUGGACAGUUACCAUUUAUAGGUUAUUCUUAUGUUGCGCCGGAAGAGAAUGAAGAUAGUACUGCAGGCUUCAACGCAUCACAUGACUGCACUGCAAUAGACUUGGCCACCUUCAAAUCUGCUGAAAAGUUAGCGGCAAUGCGCGGUCGCGAAGUGGCAUCAUUACAGAGUAAACUAGCGGCCGCCGAAGCGGCAAUGGGGGCUGAGGCCGAACGGACUCGCCGUGACGCCGAAGCUGAAGCCGAAAGGAUGCGAGCGCGCCUACAGGCCGAGAUUACUGCACUUAGCUUACAGAACAGGCGCUUGGAACGUCAAGUCGAAGUAGAAAAAGAAGAACGCAUGGCACUCCAGCGCACCAACCAGGAGCUAUCGACUGGCAUAGCGGAACGUAACGCGAACGAAGUGCACGCGGCUAGAGCUCACGCGGCCAGUUUGCAAUCAGAGAGAGAUGUGCUGAAGGAGGACUUGAGGCGACUGGAAACGAGAAUAGCGGAACUGCAAGGGGAAUGCGCUCGGGCAACUGCCGCUGCUGACUCGGCUCGUUCACAACAUCAACACUAUCGGGAUUCUGUGGCAAAAGAACGUGCAUUACGCCGUCAAACUUUAAGUGGUGGUGAGGCAGAGAACCGUGAAUUGGCAACACGAGUAGCUACAGCUGAAGCGACAGCUGCUCGCGAAACAAGAGCCCGCGAACAUAUGGAGAAACGACUCGCUGAUUUGGAAGACGAAUAUGGCACCUUACAAGCGGAGAAUACUGCUUUACACGCUGAUUUGGACACUGCCAAGAAAGAGUUGGAAAAAGCUCUGGAAUCGGCAAAUGAAAAGCAAUGUUUACUUGACUCAAUCACAAAACAGCUGAAGGAUGUACAACAGCAAGUUGCACAAGAUCGGGUUCGAAUACCAUCUCUUGUUGUGCAGGUUCAGGAACUGGAGCGUGGGUUAGAGGAAGCGGCUCGGCGUGAAGCAGCGUUAGAAGAGCAAUGCUCGCGUACAGAAGCAAGACUUCGGGAACGACUAGAAGCAGCCGAUGCAAGAGUUACCGCCGCCGUCGCUGACGAAGCACGGCAUAGGGAAAAAGUGAACACUUUGGAACAGCUAGUACGUCGCUUGGAGCGUGAAGUUUCUGCAUUGGAGAAUAGAGUGUGCAGCGUAUGCGCUGCCCGCGCACAGUCAGAUACGGACACGAGACAUGCAAGCACGGACACGAAACAUGCAAACACGGACACGAAACAUGCAGACACGGACACGAGACGGACAGACACGGACACGUCACGAUCUAGCACGGACAUGGCGCGUGCGCAUACGGACAAGUCUCGGACACACACGGAUACGAUCGAUCAUAGGGAUGCGCAUAGCGACACGGAAAGUCUUGCCGAUGCCGCACACGCUCAACUUGCGUUACUCAAGGAACAACUCGAGCGAGCUGAGAAUCAAUUGCAGGCACGCGCUGAGGAAAUCGCCACACUACGCCAGGAAUGCAGGACGGCGAACCUCGCUAGAUGGCGCAAGGAGCGUGAACAUAACGACCUUAUAGUUGAAGCAAAGUCUACCGCGAGAGAUCUCAAAAGACUAGAGGAACGUCUAUCACUGGCCCAAGAAGCACGUAAGACAGCUGAACAGAAGGCAACAGCGCUCGAGAACGAGAUGACAACAUUGAAGCCUCAGUAUGAGCAAGCGAGUAAGGAAGUGGAAAGACUAAGAGAACGAUUGGAGAAGUUGCGCAAAGCACAUGAGAUCGCUCAAGCUGAAGUAGACCGGUCACGUAACGACAUCCGUAAGCUGAAAAGUGAGUUGCAGUACAGUGAAAAGCGACGUAUGCACGCAGAGGAACAAGAGGAACUAUCGAGUCGCGAGCGUGCUCAGCUCAGGGACGAAUUGCAUCAAGCGCGUGCGCAGAACGAACAACUAUCAGAGCCAAGUUUGAGUAUACGUUUUAAACGUAAUAUUGCUGGUAACAAACCACCGCUUCGGCCUAAGCCGCCGUACCUACGGAAUAUCGUUACGUUGUUAAGUCCCUACGGGUAUCGCGCCAGGGAGGGUGCUUGGAUGCGACGCGUGCGUUUUGCGUUAGUUGCUGAUUUGUUGCAAGGACGAUGUAGAGCUACUGAUAGUGCCAUUACUGCAAUCAACACUCAUAUUAUAACGAACAAUAAAGCACUACAGGAAGCAUGCAGUUUGCUUGAGGAACAGCUUACAGAUUUAGAGAAACUAGCCGAUAUCCAUGAGCUGAAGAACAAAGAUCUUGAAGCAGAAACGCAAAGAUUACGCAGCGAGCUGGAAUGUUGCCGCGGACGAUUGAUGGACGUGGAACGUCAGUCGGCGGAACGCGGCGCGGCGGCAAUACGGGCGGAACAAUUACAUAAUGAUGCAAAGGAUCUCGCUUCACAUCAGCAUUGUCAGAUGCAACUGCUAAGGGAACGUCUAGAAAACCGGGAAUCUCGUGUAGCGGAAUUGGAAGCUCGCUUGGCAUCGUUGGAGAGCGACCACUCUGCUACUGAGGCGGCUUUGAAUAGCGCGAUGCGUCGCGUGAGAGAUCUGCAGGAGGAGAGUAGCGCGUUACGGACUAGAGCGCACGAUCAUCACGCGCACGCGUUACAGUUGCAAGCCAGCUUAGCGGACGCACAGGAGGAGGCGGCAGCGGCGCGCGAAGCAGCAGAAGCGGCGGCGGCCUGGUGGCGGACACGCGAGACCAAAGCCGAUGCCACGCUCAGGCAACAAGCGAAGCUCAUAGACUUCCUACAGGCUAAAGUAGAAGAAGCUGGCCGUAAGAAAUGUUCGCUGAGCAACAAACUUUUCGGACGGUCAGGACGCAGGUCAGCUGCAUCGCCCCCUCUUCGUCGCGCUAACAGAGAGCUACGAGAAGAAGUCGAAAGGUUACGCGCGCAGCUCUCCAAGAGGAAUGGAGAGGUUGAUUGUCCUCCGUUUCCAGCAACACCAAAACGUGAUAAAUCACAAACAGAAAUCAAUAAGAAGAAGAGUAUCGAUAUGCCUGAUGGCACUCAAGAUAACAACACUCUUCAAGUAAUAUGGGCUGACGGCAGUCGCGAUCGCAUGCGAUGUCGUUAUGAGGACGGCGCCUUAUUACUAAACAGUGGGGAGAGAACUCUUCGAGCCAAAUACUUGACAGAGGAUGCAGCCCAGCUACCACACAACGAGGCUGGCAGGGCAUUCACUGUGAAAUUCGACAGCCCAGCCAAGUGCACUAAAGCGGCUAUAGUGUGUCCUAGUAUAAGUUCUCGUAAUGAGUGGGUGUCCCGUUUGCGUUCCGCUCCCGCUCCCGCUCCAUCGUUGUCGUACGCGCCGCUCUCGCUCGUUACUCUGAACACACCGCCCACCACUGGCCUCUAUGUUACGCGGGAAGCUGUAGCCAUCGGAUGUUCCGACGGACUUUAUUCCCUGCGCGGGCCAAUCGGUGUUGAAUAUGAGAGUGACGGGGGUGAUGUUGAGGGUAUGGCGUCGGCAGCGGGGCGAGUUCUCGUGUUGUACAGCGGGUCACUCGUGUCCGGCUCACUGUUGACCCUCUCAUCAACAUUGAGACGCGCCGCCAACCUGAAGCCUACCCUCCAACUUACGACAGUCAGAUUACCUGAUAACACCACGCCCCAUCUAGUCAAGGCAGCAGUAGGCUGCGAUGGAACCGAGGUUAUAUGUGCGGCGGUAGCGUGCGGUCGCCGAGUGUUCCUAUUACGCUUCGACGCGGUCGCCACAGAGUUCAGAAUCGCUCGCUCCCUCACCGUCGACCGUCCGCCUGCAUCUGUCCUGCUCACACCACGAGCUCUAUACAUUGCCGGUGAGAAACCACUCCGAGUCAAUCUACCCUCGGGAAUGUUAGAAGCGUUCGGGAACGAGGAGCCUUUGAUCGCGGCCGCAGCAAGGAAACAUUCACCUCCACGAGCGAUUCUACUCAUCCACGAGGAGCCUUUCGAAAUACUUCUCUGUUACGCGGAAUGCGGCAUCUUCGUCGACGAGAACGGCAAACGGACUCGCAACGAAGACCCUAAAUGGAGUUCUGCUGUUCGCUCAUGGGAAUUUGUCGACCCGUUCUUGUAUAUCGUUGAUGAUGAAAAAAUCAGUAUACUGUAUAUCAACGAUGACGCGUACAGAGCCCCGCCGUGCACAUGCGACACUACAUCUUUGGCAUCCACCGCUUCCGAAUGCUAUAUGCCGGAAACGUUCAAUUUGAAGAUGAAAGAGCCUGUGUUACUAUGUACUACACCCAACGGAAUUAUCGUUAGUUGUGAAGACGACGACGGGUACAAAGUAUCUUUGGUAGAGGGAUCGACGGCGUUCCGAAGCGUUGGAGCAUCCAUUGAAUCUCUCGAAACCAUAUCGGACACGAAAAGCUCGUCUACGGACCUCGCACAGUCUACGACGGAUUUGUCGCCGCAAAAUGAUUCCCGAGUGUCUCAAGAAAGCGUCGAAGCCACCACGGGUUUCUUAGCAGACAUCAGAAAGAGAGCGCGGCAACUCAGAAACAAGAAUCACAAGGAUCAGACUCCCGAUGAAGUCAUUAAAAAGAUUCUCACCACGGAGGUUGGAUUGAAACGAUCCAAUUUGAACGGCAGGAAGUCGCCUGCGUCCGUUUCGGAAUUCGACUCUGAUUCUACGGAGAGUGAAGAUAAGACAGAAGGUUCUAAGUGCACAAACGAUAUAUGCGCAGAAAUGUUCACUAGACAGGUACGUUUCCAAUAAUAUAUUAAUUAAAAUUGGUCUCCAUGGUUACCAUAUAAUAUCCGAUCAGAUCCGAUUGUCUUUAUUUCUAAAGAAAAUGUUCUUAGCCAUCGUAAUUUAAGAUCUCUUAUUAUAUGAAAUAUGAAAAUUGCUAAGAUUUUUAUCUAAAAUCUAAUAUUUUUUUAGGAAUAACAUUUACUAUAUGAUUUUGAUAAAAGAAUGAACCCAUUCGAUUGUGUAAUUAAUUUUUAGGUAGCAUUUAAUUCAUAAGUAUUUAUUGUCUUAUAUUGUUACAUUCUUUACUAUAAGAAAUUGAUGUAAUUAUUGAUUUAGUAAUAACUUAAUGACCUUUUUUUAUAUAUAUGCAUAAUAAUUAAUAAAACUGAGUCACAUAAUUUGCCAAAAUAGCAAUUUUAAAUAAAAAACAAUUUCAAAAGAUGUUACUUUGGAUAAAUUUAAGAAAGAAUCUUACGCUUCUCGACAAUAAAUACUUUUUUCAAUUCUAAUCAAAAGUAUUUAUUGCUUUUCAUUUUCAUAAACAAAGUUAUUACGAAAAAAAUACUGUGAUUUGAAUGUUUAGUUUAUGCUAGAUUUAGUUAUGAUUGUAUAGAACUGAUGUUUUGUAGGGGAAAUUAUACGUUUGUAUUUUCGAUCCCUAAGUCCUCGUAAUGUAUGUUUAUAUUAAUUUAAGUGAUGUUUGUUUUAAUAUGUAUGACAUGUUACAAAAUAUAUUUUUAUAUAAAUUAUUCUGUACAUUUGAUUCAUUUAACAUAGAAUUCAUCGAAUAAACCAGCUGCAUUCAAACGCCGCCCACACACUUUUGGGAAAUUUAGAUCAUUGUUGGAAAAAAAAUAAUUCUAAUGCUAGUGUCGUAAGCGUCAGUUGUAGGCAUAUUUGAAUCCGAAAUGUAAU